UCUUUUUUCUUUAAUAUUUUUUUCCUGCUCUUCCUACGAAACAACGGCGCAAAGCGCAAACAAUAUUCCCUCUCUCUCUCUCUCUCUAAAAAAAUCCUUCCUUUUUCAUUUUAUUUUGGUCCAAAUUUGAAAACACAUAAAGAAAAGAGAGGAAGAGAUUUAUGGGUUUUUGUUUUUAAAUUUUUCUUUUCUUUGUUGCUAUAAAGGGAGCUGAAGACUGGGAAAACAAGAGAGAGACGUAGAGAGAGAGAGAGAGAGAGGCAACCUGGUUUUUGGUUUUGUGCUUUCCACCGAAUCACACACCGCCUUCUCAACUCUCAAGCUCAAGUUUUUAGUGCCCACCAGCGGUUUACACGGCGCGAGGUGGCCGGUUUAGUGUUUCAGAAAACUGGGUUUAAUGGUUUUUUAAAACUUUUUCACUUGCAAAAAAUAAAAUCUUUCUUCUUCUUGGGUUUGCAAUUUUUAUUGGGAUUUGUCACUGGGUUUUUUUCUCCGAUGGGGAGGAGGCUUGUAGCUGCUGCUAGCUGCUUGUUAUUACUAUAAAUGGGCAGCGGGAAAUUUUGGUGGUUCUGUGUGUUUGUCUUUUUAUGAGAUUGCGUCGUUGCUGAAGGCUGGGGAGGUGCUUUGAGUCUCCUGCAUGUGCUAUAAGGCUAAGAUCUGUAGGUGGUUCAAUUGGAAUCUGGGUUUUGGCAACGCUUGGCGAUACAGGAAAUGGAAAUUAGAGGUUUUCUGGAUUGAAGAAGCAGUUGUUUGGAUGCAAUGUUAAAAGCAUUAGCAUCUGGGCUAUCAAUUUUGUUGCUCCUCGUUUGUGUUUCCGCGUCUGAUAACGGAUUUCCGCGGUGCAAUUGUGACGAUGAUAACAGCUUGUGGAGCAUUGAGAGCAUACUAGAAUGUCAGCGAGUGAGCGAUUUCUUAAUUGCCGUGGCCUACUUUUCCAUCCCCAUUGAGCUGCUUUACUUUGUCAGCUGCUCAAAUGUGCCUUUCAAAUGGGUCCUUUUUGAGUUCAUUGCCUUCAUUGUGCUAUGUGGAUUGACACAUUUACUCAAUGGCUGGACUUAUGGCCCUCACCCGUUCCAGCUUAUGCUGGCUCUCACAGUUUUCAAAAUUCUUACUGCUCUGGUCUCUUGUGCCACUGCUAUAACACUCAUCACUCUCAUCCCUUUGCUUCUCAAAGUGAAAGUGAGGGAGUUUAUGUUGAAGAAGAAGACUCGGGAUCUUGGGAGAGAGGUUGGAAUUAUAAUGAGACAGAAAGAAGCUGGAAUGCAUGUUCGGAUGCUUACCCAAGAGAUUCGCAAGUCGCUUGAUAGGCAUACAAUUCUUUCAACAACACUUUUUGAGCUAUCUGAGACAUUGGGUUUGCAGUACUGUGCAGUUUGGAUGCCUAAUGAAAAUAAAACAGAGAUGAUCCUGAUACAUGAGUUGAAGGGGAGGAAUUAUUCUCAUAUGUACAACUUUUCUAUUCCGAUAAAUGAUUCAGAUGUUGUACAUAUCAAGGCGAGUGAUGGGGUGAACAUCCUCAGGCCUGACUCACCACUUGUUCAUGCCAGUGGUGACUCAGGUGAGCCAGGACCAGUAGCUGCAAUUCGGAUGCCAAUGCUUCGGGUCUCCAAUUUCAAAGGAGGAACUCCAGAGUUGAUCCAGACUUGUUAUGCGAUAUUGGUUUUGGUCCUCCCUGGUGGACAUCCUAGAUCUUGGAGCAGCCAGGACCUUGAGAUAAUUAAGGUAGUUGCUGAUCAAGUGGCCGUCGCUUUAUCCCAUGCUGCAGUCCUUGAAGAGUCACAACUCAUGAGGGAGAAGUUGGCCGAGCAAAAUCGAGCCCUGCAACAGGCAAAGAUGAAUGCUAUGAUGGCAAGCCACGCAAGAAACUCAUUCCAAAAGGUAAUGAGUGAUGGGAUGAGGAGGCCAAUGCACUCAAUUUUGGGAUUGCUUUCAAUGAUGCAGGAUGAGAAUUUGAAUAAUGAUCAACGAGUUAUUAUUGAUGCAAUGGUGAGGACGAGCAAUGUCCUAUCAACCUUGAUAAAUGAUGUGAUGGAUAAUUCUGCAAAGGAUAGUGGAAGAUUUCCAUUGGAGAUGAGAUCUUUUCGGUUACAUGCAUUGAUAAAGGAAGCAGCUUGCCUUGCCAAAUGCUUGUGUGUGUACAAGGGCUUUGGAUUUGCAAUUGAUGUGGAGAAGUCUUUACCUGAUCAUGUCAUGGGGGAUGAAAGAAGGGUGUUUCAGGUGAUUUUGCAUAUGGUGGGAAGCCUGUUAAAUGGAUAUAAGGGGGGAGGGUUGGUUGUAUUUCGGGUUGCUUCGGAUAAUGGAAGUCAGGGAAGGAAUGAUCAAAGGUGGGCAGCCUGGAGACAUAACUCGUCUGAUGGCGAUGUAUAUAUUAGAUUUGAGAUUGCGAUGACCCAUAGUGGUUCUCUGUCAGAGGGCACUAUUCCAGCGGUGCAGCUUGUUGGUAGGAGAUACGUCAGUGAGGGAAUAGAUGAGGGCUUGAGCUUCACCAUUUGCAAAAAGCUAGUGCAGUUGAUGCAAGGAAAUAUAUGGGCAGUCCCCAACCCUCAAGGAUUUGCUCAAAGCAUGGCACUCGUUCUUCGGUUUCAACUUCGACCAUCCGUUGCAAUAGCCAUCUCUGAACCUGGAGAAUCAUCAGAGCACCCACAUUCGAAUUCUAUUUUCAGGGGCUUGCAGGUUUUAUUAACUGAUGAUGAUGAUGUAAACAGGGCUGUGACGCGGAGACUGCUUGAGAAGCUAGGCUGCAUUGUAACUUCUGUUUCAUCUGGAUUAGAAUGCCUUUCUACUAUUGGUCCCGCUGGAACCUCUAUCCAAAUUGUUUUUCUGGAUCUUCACAUGCCUGAGUUGGAUGGUUUUGAAGUUGCAUUGAGAAUUAGAAAAUUUCGAAGCCGAACGUGGCCAUUGAUUAUUGGCAUAACCGCUAGUGCUGAUGAAGAUGUGUGGGAUCGAUGUAAGCAGAGUGGCAUCAAUGGAGUUAUCCGAAAACCAGUGUUGUUGCAAGGGAUUGCCAAUGAGCUACGAUGUGUCUUGCAGCAGGCAAACAACGGGAUGACAUAAGCUUUAAUUUGCUUCAAGUAGCAAGCUCCACAACAUUCUCAGUCAGACGGGUUUACAAGAUUAGCAGCUCCUUUUUCUCUCUUGUGCGGUUGAGCUUGUUAUAGUUACAUAGAUAGUUUCAGAUUUGAUCACAGGUAAUGGAAACUGUCUUCAAGACAUCCUUCUAUAUUAAAAGAACACAAAAAUUCCGAAGGAAAGUUUGUUGGAAAAUCAUAUACUGUAGAGCAAUAAGAAAUAUCUGCAGAAAUUGAGUAGAGUUGAGUUACUACUUGACUAUCAAAAUUAGCAGUUAUUUAUUUGUAGGUGAAGCAGUUGGUUGAACUUGAAGUAAUGAAAAAAGACAUCACAAUUAAUAUAAACUGUAGUAUUUGAUUUCAGAAAA